ACAGCAUCCCGCUUCUUUGGUGUGCGAGGCACGCACGAGACGACAAUGGCAUCCUCAUUGGUAAUCCCGGUCAUCCCUUGACUGACGCUGGCACGGAAGCGAUGAUAUGACUAUUAUGUCCGCAGCACCGUGGUCUACGGGGCCACGUCCCCCUUAUUAAAGAGGUGAAGGCAGCCAAGAAGACCAAGGACAGGCUGCUUUCUGCCCGCUUACGUGCCAAAGACACGCACACCAUGCGCCGUUUUCUUAGUACCAAGAGAGCUAACACAGCCCCGCAGUCGAUGUUUGAGAAAGGCGACAUGCCUGCCGAUACCGAGACAGAGACAGGCACUGUGGCAUCCGUCCAGGACGCCACCACGGAGCGUAACGUGUCGACGACGGCGCUGUUGUCGCCCGCCGCUCCGCCGCCGCCGCCGAACCUGAAGGUCAAACGAGUCGACCACUACUACAGCAGGUGGUCGAAAACAUGGAAGUACAAGAACAUGGGCGAUAAGGUCACCCUGGAGACCGUACCAGUCGGAGCCGCCACCGCCGCCGGCAACGACCCCUGGCAAACGUUCUGCUUCGUCGUCGUUCGGACUCUCCCCCGUCAUCAAGACGAGUCGGAACCGACCUUCCAGGUCAUCAUUAAGAGCCCAUACCUAUUGCAGGCUUGCAAGGAUGUUAUGCAGACGAUACCCGGGAUAUCGUGGAACGCAGACCCGUUCCAAGUGAGUAGAGCGUACCAUACGCUCGGAAUUUGCGCUGACCCGGAUUUCUCAGCUUGA